AUGGCUGGGAAGACGGCAUCAAAGGACAAAAAGGAUGCCCGCGCAUGGGAGGGGCUGACCCCGCCUCUCGCCGAAUGGAUUCUCGACGCCAUCAAGAGCAACGGCUGGGGCGCACGCAUGACCCCGGUGCAGGCAGCCACCAUCCCACUCUUCAGGAGGAACACCGACGUCGUCGUCGAGGCCGUCACUGGUAGCGGCAAGACCCUCGCCUUCCUUAUCCCCGUCAUCGACAAGAUUCUGCGCUCAGACGAGUCGCGGAAACUUCACAACGUCACCGGUGUCAUCGUCAGCCCAACCAGGGAGCUGGCCACCCAGAUAUACGACGUCCUCACCAACCAGGUCCUACCUUUCCACCAGCCCUCCGCCGACCUCCUCCCAGUCCUCAAAGACGACGAUGACAAGCGAUCCGCAAGCACCGAGCCCGUGGUUAUCCCCCAGCUGCUAGUGGCUGGCACGACAAAGCCACGCGCCGACCUUUCCUACUUCGUUCGAAAAUCACCCAACCUCCUCAUCGCGACACCCGGUCGUCUCGCCGAGCUGCUGUCCUCCCCCCUUGUCAAGACGUCGAAUUUGGAAGUGUUAGUCUUGGAUGAGGCGGAUAGACUACUAGAUCUGGGCUUCAAGGAGCAGCUGAAUACUAUUCUUGGCUACCUGCCGAAACAGAGGAGGACUGGGCUGUUCAGCGCAUCGAUGAGCGAGGCUGUCUCAGAGCUGAUCAGGGCCGGCCUCCGCAAUCCGCAGAGGAUCGUCGUCACUGUUAAGAACUUGAAAGACGGGGGCAUCAUCGAAGAGAGGAAAACACCCGCCUCGUUACAGAUGAACUACCUCAUUAUCAAAGCGUCCCACAAGUUCCUCGCUUUCGGGCAGCUGCUAGAGAAACUCAACCCUCGCCCCCAGAAGACCAUCCUCUUCCUAAACACAUGCGACUCAGUCAAGUAUUUCUUCAAGGUCUUCCCAGCGAUAAUGCCCCCAGGGUUCACAUUGCUCCGCCUACACGGGAAGCUCGACCCCUCGACCAGAGAGAAAAACUUCAACCAGUUUCUUACCUCAUCAUCGCCAACCGUCCUCCUCUGCACAGACGUCGCAGCUCGCGGUCUCGAUAUCCCCCAAGUCGACUUGGUCGUCCAGGACCCGCCUCAGGACCCAAAGACCUACAUUCACCGCGCGGGCCGCGCAGGCCGCGCAGGCAGGCGCGGCCUCGCGGUCGUCAUGCUCCAGCCCGGCAGGGAGGAGGACUACGUGCCGUUCCUGGAGAUCCGCAAGACGCCGGCGCAGCCCCUGACGCAGCCCAGGAUCACCGUGACGGACGAGGAGGCCGAGGCGGCGUCGGCGCGCAUCCGCGCCAUGGCGCUGGCGGACCGCGAGGUACUGGACCUCUCGUUCCGGGCGUUCCCCAGCUUCGUGCGCAGCUACGGCGAGCACCGGGCGGCGUCCAUCUUCCGCGUCGCGGACCUGGACUGGCCGGACCUGGCGCGGCAGUACGGGCUGGUGGCGCUGCCGCGCAUGGCGGAGCUGCGGCGGGUCGAGGGGCUAGACCGCGGGCUGGGGCUCGGCAUCGAUGUCGCGGCCAUCCCGUACAAGGAUGCUGCCAAGGAGAAGAAGCGCCAGGCCGCACUGGCCGAGCGCCAGGCCGCCGUCGAGAGCGGCGAGGCCGCGGCCGCGGUGGAGAAGCGCGCUGAGCAGAGGCGCAAGAACGCGCCGUGGAGUGGCAAGGUCGAGAAAGAGGAGACGAGGACGCGUCGGCGGGAGAGGAAGGAGAAGAAGAGAGAAGCUGCGAGGCUCGCGGGCCUCACGGACAAGGAGAAGGAGGAGCAGAAGGCGCUGGAGGAGAUGCUCGCCAAGGUCAGGGCGCAAGUGAGAGCGGAGACUGGUGGGACUGGCAAGAGCAAGAAUGAGGACUCCUUUGAGGGCUUUGACGAUUAA